AUGCUGAUUACAAUCAACAACUCUUACAAGCCUUUGCUUCUUACAAAAACAUAUCUUCAUAAAAGUCUCAUUUUCUUUCCCAAUACAACCACCAAUGGCCAUUGUACAAAAGCUGAGACGGUCUUUAUCAAGCGAAAGAAGAUCAGCCGAGGUUCCAAAGGGGCACUUAGCUGUUUACGUUGGGGAGACCAGCGAAAAGAAGCGCUUUGUUGUUCCGGUGUUUUAUUUGAAGAAUCCUAUGUUUCAAGAAUUGCUGUCUCAAUCUGAGGAGGAAUUCGGGUUCCAUCAUCCAAUGGGAGGCCUCACCAUUCCAUGCAGCGAGGACUUAUUUGUGGAUAUCACAUCCCAAUUGAGCAAGGCAUAUAAUACAUACAUGUAUAGAUGACUAGAUAGAAAGAUAGAUAAUGAGAUAGAUUUAUUAUUAUUAUUAUUAUUAUUAUUUUUCCA